CAUGCAUCAUCAGGCUCCUCCCAGUGGGUGUGGCCUCUUCAGCUCCACUCAGCUGUCAGUCAGAGACAGUGUCCCCACUCUGUCUCUUCUCUCCUCAAAAACCACAACAAAAGUACUGCUGAGCUGGAGUAUUACUGUGACUGCUGCUGGAUGAGUGUGUGAGCUGUGCUGAGGUGAAAAUGAAGCGCUCUCUGGGGAUCUGUCUGGUGAUCUGCUCCGCUCUGAUCGGACUCGGAUCAGCCAUUCGGUGUUACAGCUGUAAAGACUACACCGCCAGCUGCUCCAAACAACGAGACUGUAGCUACGACGACGCCUGUCUCACACUCAAUGAGAGAGGGGGGAUGACGUACCGUCAGUGUCUGAAGUACUCAGACUGUGAGUACGGCCGACUGUCCCAGAUGUUCCCCCAGGUUUCCAGUUUUACCUUCAAGUGCUGCAACUCUGACCUGUGUAACUCCGCCCCAUCCUCCACAGCGACCUCUGUGAUUGGUCUGCUAGCCUCGGUGGCCGUCAUGUGGUGGUGCUCCGGAUUCCUGGGAGGAGUCAGCUGUACAGUACUUCGAGGACAGGAACUGAGGAAACCCACGUUAAAUCCAGACCGUAAACCAGACCCGGACCCUGAGACCUGGCGCUGCCCGCCGGAAGGAGCCGAUUUACGGACAAUAUUUGAUCAGAUGAGCUGUGCUGAGGGGAAAAUGAAGCGCUCCCUGGGGAUCUGUCUGGUGAUCUGCUCCGCUCUGAUCGGACUCGGAUCCGCCCUGCAGUGUUACAGCUGUCAGGGUCCAACCAGCUGCACCACUCAACAACAGUGUGGCUCCGGAGAGGACGCCUGUCUCAAACUCACCGAUACAGCAGGUAGAAAGACUUACCGACAGUGUCUGAAGUACUCAGAAUGCAACUUGAACAGCCUGCCUGGGAAGUUCCCCGAGGUUUCCAAGUUUACCUUCAACUGCUGCACCUCGAACCUGUGUAACUCCGCCCCCUCCUCCACAGCGAGCUCUGUGAUUGGUCUGCUGGCCUCGGUGGCCGUCAUGUGGUGGUGCAUCCACUGAUGCUGCUCUGUAGCGCCGCCUUGUGGCUGUAAAGAAAAACAGCAGCAAUAAUUAUAUUGUUUACUACACAAAAAACAUGUUUAUUCUCUUUUUAUUUACAGGAAACUGCAGCUUAAUGGCUGAUCUUUCAAAAUAAAGUGUUAAAAUUGAAGCUGUUUCGCUCUUUAACUCAAUAAUUUACUACAUUACAACAUUUAAUAAAUGGUGACCCACUGGAAACUGAUUGAUUGAAUAUUGAUGAUUGGAAAUGCUUGAAAUUCUGUUGCAGGAGGAAUAUGUCAUUAAAAUACAACUUUAUUUAAAAUUAAAUAAGUAAACAUUCUGCUACUUACAAUAAAUAAUAAAUGUUUGUAAAUGUUUCAAAGAUUAAAACUGACCUUUAAAUAAAAGACAAACAUCUUCAGCACCCAA